AUGCUUUUUUUGCAACCAGCAAUCAGAGAUGGCCCUGUGGCCCAAAGCAGCUCCACUAGGAAAGGAAUUGGGCUGGCCUACUCGGAAGAAGACACCCCCUUGAACCCUUCAUUCAUCAACAGUCUUUGGAAUAUCAGCCUCCUCCUCCCCCAACCCCACUCAAAGAUCAAUUCCAACUCCCAUCCACAAUUGAUUUAA